CCACCUAAAUGCCCAAACCACCAAAUACCCAACCACCCAAAUACCCAAACCCAACCACCCAAAUUACCCAAAAUACCCAACCACCCAAAUACCCAAACCACCCCCAAUACCACAAACCACCCAAAUACCAACCACCCAAAUACCCCCAUACCACCCCCAAAUACCCAACCACCCAAAUACCCAACCCCAAACCCAACCACCCAAAUACCCAACCACCCAAAUACCCAACCACCCAAAUACCCAACCACCCAAGAUACCCAACCACCCAUACCCCAUACCCAAAUACCCAUACCACCAAUACACAACCACCCAGAUACCCAACCCGACGAACCAAUUCACGGACGAACGAACCAAGAUGAAGCAAUAUUGACACAAAGACACAAAGACUUCCAAAUGAGCUUAACCAGACGAUGGACUCAGGCGUUUUAUAUAUUAAACACAAAAAUUGCUGAAACUAUCCAGAUCUGUGACCGCCCGAAUGUCUUCACCGCGGAAAUGUCACCUGAUGUCACGUCAGCUGGGUCUUCCAGUGUAAAAAAAUGCCGGAAAAAUUGCGUUAAAGUACCGUUCAGCAAGAGUCGAUAUAAUAUUAAGAUCAGAGAAAACGCCCAUCAGGGGCUUAGGAGAACGAGACUUUAA